GCUCCCGCCACCUCCGCCCGCCGCCCCGGCCGCGUCGGGUAAACCUGUUCUGCGAGGCGGCCGCGCCGGGGCGGAUCGAGCGGCCGGCGGCUCCUCGCGGCUCGCGGCGUCGGGGCCCGUGGAGCGCGCGGCCGGCCCUCGGCCGCGGCCCUCGGCGGCGCCACCAUGUACUCGGGAGCCGGCCCCGUUCUUGCGUCUCCUGCUCCGUCAGCAUCACCCAUCCAAGGAUAUGCCUUCAAGCCUCCAUCUCGGCCGGACUUCGGCACCUCCGGGAGAACAAUCAAACUACAGGCCAAUUUCUUUGAAAUGGACAUCCCCAAAAUUGACAUCUAUCACUACGAAUUGGACAUCAAACCAGAGAAAUGCCCAAGGAGAGUGAACAGGGAAAUAGUGGAGCACAUGGUCCAGCACUUUAAGACCCAGAUCUUCGGGGACCGGAAGCCAGUGUUUGAUGGAAGGAAGAAUCUGUACACUGCCAUGCCCCUUCCAAUCGGCAGGGACAAGGUGGAACUGGAGGUCACGCUGCCGGGAGAAGGCAAAGACCGUAUCUUCAAGGUGUCCAUCAAGUGGGUGUCAUGUGUGAGCCUGCAGGCGCUACACGAUGCACUUUCGGGGCGGCUUCCCAGCGUCCCUUUUGAGACGAUCCAGGCCCUGGACGUUGUCAUGAGGCACUUGCCAUCCAUGAGGUAUACCCCUGUUGGCCGCUCCUUCUUCACUGCAUCUGAAGGCUGUUCCAAUCCCCUGGGUGGGGGCCGAGAAGUAUGGUUUGGCUUCCACCAGUCGGUCCGACCUUCUCUUUGGAAAAUGAUGCUGAAUAUUGACGUAUCAGCCACAGCAUUUUAUAAGGCACAGCCGGUGAUCGAGUUCGUCUGUGAAGUUUUGGAUUUUAAAAGUAUUGAAGAGCAACAAAAACCUCUGACAGAUUCCCAAAGGGUAAAGUUUACCAAAGAAAUUAAAGGUCUAAAGGUGGAGAUAACGCACUGUGGUCAGAUGAAGAGGAAGUACCGUGUCUGCAAUGUGACCCGUCGGCCUGCCAGUCACCAAACGUUCCCGCUGCAGCAGGAGAGUGGGCAGACAGUGGAGUGUACAGUGGCCCAGUACUUCAAAGACAGGCACAAACUGGUUCUGCGCUACCCCCACCUCCCGUGUUUACAAGUUGGACAGGAGCAGAAACACACCUACCUUCCCUUGGAGGUCUGUAACAUAGUGGCUGGACAGAGGUGUAUAAAAAAGUUAACAGACAAUCAGACCUCAACCAUGAUCAGAGCCACUGCCAGGUCGGCACCCGAUCGGCAAGAGGAGAUCAGCAAAUUGAUGCGAAGUGCGAGUUUCAAUACAGACCCGUAUGUUCGCGAAUUUGGAAUCAUGGUCAAAGAUGAGAUGACGGAUGUGACAGGACGGGUUCUGCAGCCUCCCUCCAUCCUCUACGGGGGCAGGAACAAAGCGAUUGCCACCCCUGUCCAAGGUGUGUGGGACAUGAGAAACAAGCAGUUCCACACAGGCAUCGAGAUAAAAGUGUGGGCCAUCGCCUGCUUCGCACCCCAGCGCCAGUGCACUGAAGUCCAUCUGAAGUCCUUCACAGAGCAACUGAGGAAGAUCUCGAGAGAUGCUGGGAUGCCCAUCCAGGGUCAGCCCUGCUUCUGUAAAUAUGCCCAGGGGGCAGACAGUGUGGAACCCAUGUUCCGGCAUCUGAAGAAUACCUACGCUGGUCUUCAGCUGGUGGUUGUCAUCCUACCCGGCAAGACUCCUGUGUAUGCUGAGGUCAAGCGUGUGGGAGACACGGUGCUGGGGAUGGCCACACAGUGCGUGCAGAUGAAGAACGUGCAGAGGACCACGCCACAGACCCUGUCCAAUCUCUGCUUAAAAAUCAACGUCAAACUGGGAGGCGUCAAUAACAUCCUGUUGCCACAGGGCAGGCCUCCAGUGUUCCAGCAACCUGUCAUUUUCCUGGGAGCCGAUGUCACCCACCCGCCAGCUGGGGAUGGAAAGAAGCCUUCGAUCGCUGCCGUUGUGGGCAGCAUGGACGCACACCCCAACCGCUACUGCGCCACCGUGCGUGUACAGCAGCAUCGACAGGAAAUCAUCCAGGACCUGGCUGCCAUGGUGCGGGAGCUGCUCAUUCAGUUCUAUAAAUCGACACGCUUCAAGCCCACCCGCAUCAUCUUCUACAGAGAUGGUGUCUCUGAAGGCCAGUUCCAGCAGGUCCUCCAUCACGAGCUGCUGGCCAUCCGAGAGGCCUGCAUCAAGCUAGAGAAGGACUAUCAGCCAGGGAUCACGUUCAUCGUGGUGCAGAAGCGCCACCACACACGCCUCUUCUGCACAGAUAAGAAUGAGCGGGUUGGGAAGAGUGGGAACAUUCCAGCAGGCACAACCGUAGACACGAAAAUCACCCAUCCGACUGAAUUUGACUUCUACCUGUGCAGUCAUGCUGGCAUCCAGGGGACAAGCCGUCCUUCUCACUACCACGUGCUUUGGGAUGACAAUCGUUUCUCAUCUGAUGAGCUGCAGAUUCUGACCUACCAGCUGUGUCACACCUACGUGCGCUGCACACGCUCUGUGUCCAUACCGGCACCAGCCUACUACGCUCACCUGGUGGCCUUCCGCGCCAGAUACCACCUGGUGGAUAAAGAACAUGACAGCGCUGAAGGAAGCCAUACCUCUGGGCAGAGCAAUGGGCGAGAUCACCAAGCGCUGGCCAAAGCGGUCCAGGUCCACCAGGACACACUGCGCACCAUGUACUUUGCUUGACAUGUUGUAGUGUUUAGCGAUUGUGUACCAAGUUGGAUUCACACGAGACCAGCUACACUCAGACCAACAGAUGCCCAGCCCUUCCGUGACAGCCAGCAUCGAACAUGAGACGUCUUUGGUUUUAUUAGAUCCUCCAUUUUCCAGAAUGCCUUCCGUCCCAGAUUUCAAACUUGGAUUUUGAGCUGCAGGCCUGUACGAGACCCCAUUGUAGGAAACGUGGUUUGCCAAAACCUAUAAGCUGCUCACCGAAAGAGUCCGUGUUUCCUAAAAACAAAACAACAACAAAAUGUCCUCAAACCAGUCUAUGAACUCUCAGGGCUUUAAAACAUUUUUAAUUUAUUUGGUCAUUCGAUUUACUCGUUUUUAACACCUGAUUCUCAACGAAAUCGCUGGGCUCUAACUAGCUGUGAAGGCUCUGAGCGUGAAAGCAACACCAUCACCAUUGGGGUUUUAAAGCCUGACCCUAAGAAGUUGUCACUAAUGUUGUUCUAGGGGUGCCACGUGCUCUGCAGCCCCAGGGCAGAUGGCUGCUUGGUAUCCAUGGUGUCUCUCGCCUGCCACUCCCUGCCCUCGAGGCCUGAACGAAGGCGUAGUCGCAGAGAGGACAGUCACGUGUGUUUGCAGCAGUGACGGGUCCGAGAGAUUGGCAGACAAGUGCCAUUUUGAUAAAAAUUUAUUUAAAAAGAGAAAAAAAGACAAUAUACUGACAGUCUAAUCAUAAGAUUUGUCCUGUAGGACUGUGACAUUUAUUUUCCAAAGUUUCUAAAGAAUACGGGUCUGUGGUGGUAAAUACAGUACAAUCCUUUUUCACUGUUAUGUCUUUAAUGUAAGAGAAGAAUAUAUAUAUCUGGUUUGCAGUAUUAAAUGUGGUAGGUAGAUGCUGUUUUCCUUUUGUUGACUAUGGGGUGCUUCUUGUGACCUGUUUCCCAUAUCAGGAGCUGUUUGGAGCCUGGAGACAGGCCACCUCUUGUGGCUUUUAGCGCUUAUGUAGAAGAAUAUGCAACUGGCUUCAUGUGACAGCGAUGCACCCCUCCUUCUUCCCCCUCCCCAGUGUGGACUGUGUAGCCUGUACCUCUGGGAAGGACAGUGUGCUUGCCAGGAAUUUGCCGUCCUCCCCUGCCUCAUCCAUGUGUAUCGCUCAGCCGAUGAAGCACAAAUGGAUUUUAUUUAUUCUUCCAUUGCUGGGGAACAAGCUCUCAUCAGAGUGCACCUCUCUCUGGGUGCAGUCUGGAAGGUGGCUUUCAUAGGAUCUAUGCACUGAAAUGGAGAGAGAGCUGCCAAUGGUGGCUCUGCUGGCAUGGGAUGGGCAGGUAGGAGGAGCUGGCGGUGGGCAAGGCCAGCAGGGAAAGCACAGACUGCUCUGGGUGGUAUUUGCUUCUGGGCCCCAACCUGGCUUUGCCAACCUAGAGACCACUGAACUGAGAAGGGACACUACAAGUGGUUCUGUAGGUGGCAGCAGCCACUUCCGUGUGUGUGUCCAGUGGGGCUCUUCGUGCUUGUCCUGAAGCUGAGUGAGAAUCGGAUCCGCGUUCCACACACAAGUUCCCAGUAGGAACAGGGCCUCCUCUUCCUUGCUGCUUUGUGCUCUGUGGGUUUUCUCUAUCCCUGCUGAUGGUCCUCACCCCCCAACUCUGCGUGAUUUACCUCUGACCCUGCGGUGGAGGGAGUGUGCCCACCCCGCCCCCCACCGUGGUUGGCACCUCAUGCUAGAGGACACAGUGCCACCACUGCCCAUCAUCCACCUGCUCUGCAUCUAGUGGUGGGGCAGACGCAGUGACCUGGGAAGUCAUGCCCUCAGCGGGGUGUGUGUCUGUGUGUGCAUGUGGGUGUCUUACUAAUGACAUUAGUCUCUUUUUACUGUGUCUUUAAAAAUCUUUUAACGUGACAAACCUCGGUCUCAGAAGCACUGGGGCUGCCCGCUAUCCCAUUGGCAAGUGGCACUUUCUCAGACUGUUUCGAAAAGGAUAUAAAAACACUUUAACUCACUAAGCACGGUCAGGCUGAAAAACUUGUUCAGCUGGUAAACUUUUAGAAUCUGAAAUUAGAUUGUUUUCAGUUAUUCUUAAAACCAUAUGUCUCACUGGGCGAGGUGGCGCAUGCCUUUAAUCCCAGCACUUGGGAGGCAGAGGCAGGCGGAUCUUUGUGAGUUUGAGGCCAGCCUGGUCUACAGAGUGAGUUCCAGGACAGCCAAAGAUACACAGAGAAACCCUACUCUAAAACCAAAAUAAUAAUAAUAAAAAAUUAUAAAAUACAAAAAAAAAAGCCCAUAAAAACCAUGUCUCAAAGGUGUGUCCUUAGCCCCUUGCCAUGGGAUCUCAGUCAUGCAAAUGAGUGUGCUAGAAUGCAGAUUCUCAGGCCUGCUGCCAGCCUUUUGGAUCUGGCGCUUGCAGCCGGCUGGGCAUCUGUGUUUUAGCCCUCUACCCCCACCCCCAUGUGUCUGGAGGCUUUCUGAGGCAGUCCCUCAUGAGGCCAAGGGAGCAGGAAGGAACCUGCCUGAGCUCACACCUAGGAGCACUGUGAGCUGGGGAGGACAUCUGAGAUGGGAGUUUUGUUUGUUUUGAUCAUCUUGAAGGAUAAGUUUUAUUUCUUUUUGAUGGGCUAAAGUACUUGAGGAAAGUGCUUUCUUUGGCCCACGCUUAUUUGUGACACUUUGAACAUGAAAACCUUCCUCAGACCAAACACCCCUGAUUGAGUUUAGGUACACAUUGUCCACACGUCCCAUGGUGCAGUUCAUAAAUGGCUGGAGUUCCAAUUUCUCAGGUAAAUAAUUGUUUCCCCCAAUUUUUGCCCUCCCCUUAUUAGCAUAAAUUUUGAGGUAGUGUGAGACCUCAGUCUUCUGUGGGAGCCAGCUAUCAGACUGCACCUCACCUACAACUGGCGACAGGUGCCGCUAGCUCCUGAAGUAUCUCCUUGCGGGAGAAACUUGGCCAAGGUUGAGGUGCCCACUAGCUAGCUGUGUUCCCAACCCCACUGAUAAGUAAGGUGUGCCUUGCUUUAAGCAAACUGAAUGUGAUUAUGUUGUUAUGCUCUGUAUCCAUUUGGAAGGGAAAUUAGGGUGUGCCUGUCUCUAAGAGAGGCUGCCCGAUCAGACUCCCAUGCUGGGACUCUUCCUAGUAUAUUGUAGGAUAUUUACUUUUCAAAAACCAGUCAUGACUUCAAUCCCUUCACCACUUUGUGCACCAUGCAGCAAAUUCUGCCCGUGCUGAUGAAGCAGUUCAAAACUCUAGGGAGACCGCUAGGCCCCAUUGUGUAGAUGAGCUCUUAAUACUCUCAAAACUCCCAUCCUGUCACUACGCGUUACCAGCCCAAGAUUGUCUUAGUUCCCGUCGGCCCUGAAGCUCAGCCUACCUGUACUUCUAGAAAGGGGCUGUCUGGGGAUGUCCUCACAUGCACACUUGAUACUAUUUGGUCCAUUCUGCUUUCCCCAGAUUUGGCCUUCGCCACUCCUCACACCCACCAGCUUACUGGCCUCUAGGCCACAGGGCACUGCCAGUGGGGAGGCUGCUCCCUCCAUGCUGUCUGCAGCUGACCCAACACCUGUUUUCCUAAUGUUUACCUGUUACUGAGCGCUCAACAGAAAGACAGCCCCAGUGGUGGGGUUGGGCAGGGUUUUUGUUGUUGUUGUUAGAUGUUAUUUUAUUAUUUUUAAGUGCAAAUGUUGCUAUUUAUUUUUUUCUCUCCUGCUCUGGUUUGAUUCGGCUGAGUUGGCUGUCCCAAUGCAUGUGGUACCUGAUGGACAUGGUAGAGAUUGUUUCCCCUAACUUUUAUAAAUGACCCAAUGUUUACCUUCGGGCUUGCGGAUGCUUUAUUUUUGGAAGCCACAGAUGUAGUUUUUCUGGAUGAAUUGUUUUUCUUAUAGAUGCGGCAGUAUGCUUUUGUAUUGAUCUGCAGGGUGAUUAUAAUUUUAUUUUUACAAGCAGUUUUUCAAUCAAAUUCUAUAUUUGAUACAAUAUGUUAAGGGUAGACCAGCCCUGAGUCAUGCAGCUGGGACCCUUGAGUGUCCAGGAGGCCUUAGGGCUGGGUGACCUCUCUUGGCCCUGUGGUGGUAGCACUGGCUGGUCACAGGAACCUUCAGGGUCCUUCAGCAUGUCCCUGACCUUUUGGAUUGUUACAAGGAUUUUUCAUGGGCAUUUUGCUACGCAGGCAGUGGACAAUCCCCGUGGCCCUAGACAAGCCAUAAGCAACCUUUCUGUGACCUCCCUGACUCAUUUCUACACCCCUGAAAAAAGGAAUGUGCCCUAAGUAGAAGUUACACUCCCUUGGUGUUCAUAUGCCUCAUUUGCAAAUGUAAACACUUUGUUUGUUUUAAGCCCUUCCCCACAGUAACCAUGCUGCCUGGCUCACUGCAGGCAGUGUGCUAGCUCUGUUCUGGGUGCCCUGUUGCAGACCCGCUGGCUCCUGGAAGUUGCACUGAUCUUGCGACAGUUUUCUUUACUGCAUCCAACUCCAUAUCUGCUGUACUCGUUGAAGUGAUUGUAAACAGAUUCGCAGUGGCAGGAGUUGAUGUUUAUGUGGGACAUUGCCUUGCUUCUGCGAUCCAAACACACAUUUCAGUAUUAUAUGCUAGAGUGUGCAGACUGGAUCUGUUCUCUCAAGCAUUGUGGACUAGCCUUGUCUUGUUUUCGGACAAGAAGUUCUCCACCUCUGAACAGGACAGCAUGCUCUUCAAGACCUGAAGGCUUGAAUGUAAAUGGAUUAGUUAGGAGUCUUUGUGGCUCUUUUGGUCUGUUUAGUUUUCUUGUGAUCUGCCAGGCUCCCAGAACUAUGUCAUUCUAGUUCCUGUGGCCUUUGUCAACUUGGAUGACAUCGGAAUGGUCCAGCCAGUGUUAACGGGCCAUCGCUGUAUUUCUUUGACCGGCCCUCAGCUUAAAGUUGUGAGGUCACUGCUGUGUCAGACUGUCGUUUAUGGUGCAUGGAUGGAUGGCAGGGACAUCUGAAGCCCAGUGCAGCCCCUCAUGCCUUGUGACCCUGCUGGGUUCUAAGUACAGGCUCUCUCUAGUCAGCCCCACAUAAACUGUCUGUGGUCAGGGUACCCAGUGUCUGAAACAAAAGGAGCUUUUACAUUCAAACCGCAGUGUGUGUGUGUCUGUGUCUGUGUGUCUGUCUGUGUGUGUGUCUGUGUGAUGUCAGUGCCAUUGCAGAGCCCUCACCUUUUGUCUUUUGGGUUUGUUCUGCCAUUUAUUGUCUCAAGUUGAAUGUAUCGGCUUAGCCAAAUCACUACAGAAGGUGGUUUCUCCAAACCUUUUAGACAGAUGCAUAAAAGCUACCUCUGACUUCUCAUUGGUUUGUGUUUGCUCUGAAGCACCGCUAUCCACACUGAAUAUAGCCAAAAUAUCGCCUGAAUCAACCGAGUUGUGAAUUCCUCUGUUCAGCUCUGGCUUGAAAAUGUGUGUGCCAUACUGUGAUCUGGGGCGGCCCCCUCCGCUAUCGCUGACCAGGGAUAACCUCAGCACCGCCCAGCUACAAGAUUCUAGCACCUGAGAGGCUGGCAGAAGGGCUUCUCUGCAUGGGGAACGUACAUCCUCCAGGCUGUUGGGAGCGACUCCGUGCAGGGCCACAUGUGGCUGAGCCUGGAGGCAGCCUGUUCCUGCCUGGUUUUGCAUCUUUCCCCCUGCUUGCUUACUUAUGAAUGGAUUCCCUGCUCUCUCCUUCCUUUUUAUACACUAUAAACUCAUAAAGGUGCUCCAACACCGACUUGUGCAGAUAAUGUAUUUAAAGCGGUUGCAUGGAUUCAGACAGUACAGGCAUAGCUGACCUUUGAUCUUGGGUUUUGAAAGCGAAGGACUGAAAGCUCUGUGCUCUCGCCCUAGGCCCUCAGAUGGAAGGAGUAAUGGGCUCUGUUUGAGUACAAGUCCCCACUAGUGUUUGACAGUGCAUGUCUGACUUAGAGGUUUGCCAUGGGGACCCGCCACCUCUAACCAGAUCUCUUGUGGUCGUCCACUUUGCUGUCCAGAAGGCCAUCCUUAUACAUCAUAGCUCUACCUUCAUCCCUUUGGCCUCUCUCUUAAAGUUUUCUUGGCCUCAUUUUGAAAAGUCAGCAUAAUAAGCUCCCAGAUUCCUCCACUAAUUGACUUAGGAAAUCAUGAGGACAGUUGGACAAUGUCAUGAAGGCCUGGGUAUUGAGGGGCAUGUGGAAGGGGCCUCUGCCAAAUGUCUUUGCACCCCUCCUCUCUAGUUGUAAUGCAUUGUUGGGGGUGGGGUGUCACCUUCCAUGCUUUUGGUGUGCGAGCAUUUGUGGCACCCGGGUUAUUUGGAUCCUCUGUCUUGGCUGAGGGUUUGGUGAGAAUCCAGGGAGGCACAGGGCUCUAGACAUGCCUCACCCAGGUACAGUGAUAUGAGCCACAGUCCUCAGAGGGCACCAGCAAGAGGAACCUUCCCUCUUCUGGGGGAUACCAAGCAACCCAAAGCCCUGGCCACUGCAGUCUUGAGGGCUAAAAGGUUGGAGGAGCUCCUGUUUUUGUACAGACAGUACCUUCUUCCCUGAGGGGUCACCAGAAAGCAAGCGUGGGAACCUUCCUCAUUCAGUUCUUCCUGCCUCUUCAAGCUCCUUAACAUCAGUGUGGUCACAAGAACACUUAACACCAGCUACCAGCAGAGUGAGGUAUACCUGUGGGGACAGGUGGCUCCAGCCCUGCCUCCAGGCACUGGCUGUACUGUCUGGACACCCAGUCCACACCUUGCACCCUAAAGCCUGUUCCGCGGCGUCCUCCGAGUCUUGCAGGGGCUGAUAUUUAGUUGACCCUACCCGCGGAGCUCGGCACUCCUGUGAUGCCGCCCUGCAGCCAUAGAGGCACUCUUAGUCCCAUCCUGGGUCAUUUGUGCCCUCACACGCAGGCUUUGUUCUCUGCCCCUCAGCACUACCGUCUGUUGUAUAGGAAGUAGGUUUAGAGGGAAUUGGAAUCGUGUCUUUGUGAAUCUGUGUGACGUCCUCGGGCGGAAGGUGCUAUUUGGUCCUAAUGUUGUUUUGGAAUGCUUUUUCAUUGUUGUUACUCUGUUCUGUGACGUGGGGGCAGACUGCUCACUUAUGUGUGGUGUCACUUAAACCGAAAACAUAGGACUCCAGCUUUGACAUGCCUGUAGUGGAAUUCCUAUCUCUGACCUUCUUGAGCCUGGGAUGAAGCAGUUCCCUAGCCUGGUCUCAUUAAAACCACCCUCCCUGUCAAGGGAUGUUUUUGUUGGUUUUAACAGGGGAAGUGAUCUGCUCUUUUUGGUUUGGUUUGGUUUUUUUGUUUGUUUGUUUUUUUGUUUUUUUUUUUUUUUGUUUUUCGAGACUGGGUUUCUCUGUGGCUUUGGAGCCUGUCCUGGAACUAGCUCUGUAGACCAGGCUGGUCUCGAACUCACAGAGAUCCGCCUGCCUCUGCCUCCCGGGUGCUGGGAUUAAAGGCUUGCGCCACCAUCGCCCGGCAUUUUUUUUUUUUAAUUGCAUAGAAAAGGCCUUUGCCUGUGAAGCACUGGCUGUGGGUGGAUAAUACAUUAACAGUAACAAUUUUGGUUCCUCUUUAAAACCAAAUAGACCAAUGUGAUUAAACCCCGAAAGGGUACAAUUCCCCAUUAAAUUGGAAUUUGAGUCCUGCGUUUGGAAAAGAAUUUUAGUGUAGUUGUUAAAAGUUAAGAAUUUAUAACUGUAGGAGCAAGUGAGUUUUUGUUUAACAACAACAAAAAAAAGGUUGUAAGAGAAUAAUUGUAGGCUUCUGUGCAACAAAGUGUCUACUGCCUCAAAUGCAGGAAGAGAAUGUAACCCUGAACCCAGACUCUUACCUCUCAUACUUCAGAUUACCUGCCUAAUGUGUAUUGAGGGGUUUAACCCUGUGUUUUUAUCAGUUUUUUCUAGUUUUAUUUUAUUUUUAUAAAGUAAUUGAAAAAGAACCAAAAAUGAAAUGAAUUCAAGAAGUUCCCCUGUGGCUCCUCACCCAGUCUUAUCCCCUCCCCCCCCCCACACACACACUGAAGCAUUUUUUGAAGACAUUUUGAAUCAAAAUGUAUUACAUCCAUUUAACAUUUGCUACUUUCUGAGAAGUGGAGUGGCUCCAAGGGCCUGUUUCAGGUGGUACUCUGUAUGUCAUGGACAUGUUUGUACCUGUACAGUGGAUCUGUGUGACGAUGUCUUGUGCUUGCGGUUUAGAAACCACGCAGUGCUGUUUUGUAAAUUGACAGUUCCUGUGUAAACUAUUAUUUAUGACCCUUGGCCCCUCUGUAUAAUUUUUCAUUUGCUACAUGGAUUGUAUAAUUAAUUAUAAAAUUAUAGUACCUGCUAAACCCAACUUUGAGGCUUCAUGUCAUUGUCUUCAGUCUGAUGCCAGUCUGUGGAUCGUCAGGAUGCCCAGGCCUUGCUUGAUACCAGUAGUGAUGUCACUUUAAAUUAAGCCUUAAUCAGAUAGUGAAUUUGUACAUUUCAGAGUAUGCAAAAAAUAAAAAAUGAAAUAGGCAGAUGCGUUUCAACUGUCCAGAUCCAGAUGCUCAAUCGUAACUCAGCACGUGCUCCCUCUGGAGUUAAAGGGGUCGCUGCCAGGGUUACAUUCCUCCCUCAUCUGUGCUCUCCGUCUUGGCUUGAUGGGAACAGGUCGGUCAUGCACGUUUCUGUACCGGUCUGGCUAGAGACCUCGGCAGGGUCAUCUUCAAACGCCUGGUUCUCUCCUCCAGUCUGAGAUGAGCCUUGGCUGCUGGGAACACGACUGAGGCAUAGGUUUUCCCAGCCUGCUCCUAGGCCAGGCUCUCAGCGGGCACUGCCACCUGUCACUGCUUCUGCAUAAAUCACAACAGAUUUUUGUUUCUGUAAAAGCAUCUUCAAUCUUGGGAUAAGAUAGAGGGGACCCAGCUUUCUUUACAAUGUGGAUCUACCUCAGUUAAACAGUUGGGUGCUAUUUACUAAGUCUGUCAAAUUAAAUUGGAAAAUGUAACCAAACAGUGGGACGUAACUAACUCCACAUGAAACUUGAAAUCGUUUCCGUUUAUUUAAUGAUAUUUUUUAUUUAUUUUGUGCCUUUUCUGUUAACCCUAAUACAUUUUUGAAAUUCAGAAUAGUCAUUUUUCUCUCGCAAGUGGGGAGCCCUGCCUGAUCAUGCCAGUAUCCCAUCUGACUGCUCUCGUUGUUACUGGGAUCCCAACCUGCCUUUUUUGAAAAGGGAGGGGAAAAAUAUGUCCAAGAGCAAAUUUUACACAAACAAUAUUCACAUAACAUACCCCAGCUAUUCUAUGCAUGUGUUCAUAGCUGUCACUUCCAUUUCUGUGCCAUUGAAGAGGCACACACACCCACAAACAGACACCCCAAGUACUUGUUUCUGCUUUUUUUUUUUUUUUU